GCCCUCACAAUUCACAAACAGAACACAGCUGCAAGCCACAUCACAGUCAGAGACAGUACAGAGGACAAUUUUUUUCGAAUGCCGGCUUUUCGCAGAGGUUCAAUUCCAAUAGAUCUGUAUUAAGACGAUAACACUAGUAGGAACAAGAUGUCAAUUGUCGACCUAAGCACCAACCAGUUGUUUGAAAAGUAUACUAUAGAAGAGAUUAGAAAGUUAGAGAAAGAAACAAGAGAUGAAAUUGAAACAAAGAAAGAGGACCUGCGGCAGAUGGUUGGAGAGCGGUAUAGAGACCUUAUUGAAGCUGCUGACACAAUCACUGAAAUGAAGAAUUGCUCCGAAAAGAUUGUUCAGUCUAUUCAAGAUAUGCAGAAGCAUUGUGUCAAUCUACAGAAGACUCACCUUACUAAAGGCAUUGGUUUAUCCCCAAAGAAAGCAGUUAAUUCAGGGUCUCAAUCAUCAGGUUUUUAUGCCAUCGCCUCGCAGACCAAGCUUCUUCUAGAUAUUCCAGAGAAGAUUUGGAGUGACAUAGAGAGUGGUGACCAUUUACACGCCACUCAGCUCUACCUGCUUGCAUGUCAUAUCGUGAGCAGCCUACAACUAGAUACAACAACGCACCAGUCCACUCAACUUCUCAAAUGGUUCCCUGUACUAUCAAGGCAGUGGGCUGCAAUAUGCCACUUCAAACCAAGUAUAUUACAGAGUUGCAGGAAUGUGCUGAAGAAUGCCAGUGCAUCAGAUAUGGUGAUCACCAAAGCCCUGUGUUCUAUCAUGCUUCUAGAGGAUACAUCUCCAAGACAAGUCUUUACAGAAUUUUUACUGGCAAGAAAGAAUGCUGUGCACCAAGCAUUCAGUUCUUCACAGUAUGAUGCAAGUGUUAAAAAGCAAGUGUGUGGUGUGACCAAUCUGAUCAAUCUCACAUUGAGGCAGAUCCAUGCUGUCUUCUAUCAUCAAGAAGGUGAUGAAAAUAACGAUGAAGAAGGGAAUUUACUUCAGAGAGUCCUAACAGAAACCACUUCGACAUCAGAUGGUAAGAGUGUUCUUGCUGAUGAGUUAGCCGUAGGAACAUUCAGUAAGCAUCUACCAGCUAACAUCACAGAUUUUCACCCGACCCUGCGCUCCUCCACGGAUCCUAUCGCUGCUACCUACCUUCAAGAAUGUGUCUCUCAAUGGGUGGAGACAUGUAUCAGUGAUGUUCAUGAUGGGAUCAGCAAACUAUUGAACUACGUGACCUCUAUCCGAGGCUUGACUAGCAUCAGGGAUGCUGUCUGGGAUCUCCUACAAGAGGAUGAUAAUGUGCCAGCACUAAGAAAUAUCACCAAGAGAGUCCUUGGAAGAAGUCUUUGUCUGUGGGGAGAAUUUGUCAGACCUCUGUUUCUCACAAGAAUGCAGGCCAUUCUCCAAGAUGCUCUUGACCAGACACUGACCAAUAGCCAUCAUUUAGUCAUCCAGGCCUCCCAUGACAUGGAGAGUUCUCCAGCCGAUCUGGACGUUGCUGCCCAUACUUGGAAGGAGAUAUCUUCAGACCUACCAAGCCCGAUGGCCUGGAGGGGCGGGGCUGGCAGCAGGGAUGUGCUUGAUGCUGGUAGCCUUUAUAUGAAGGCAAGGGCUUUUACUCCCAAGACACAGAGCAUCUGCUCUUUCAUCGAUGUGAGACUCAAGAGUCUACUAGAGGACCUUUCAUCCUAUACAGACAGACUGACAGACAAACAACCAAGUGACAAACAGAAGCCUGUAUCCUCAAAGCCAAGUCAAGAGCCGUUUGAUAAGUUUGCAGACACUGUCAACCUCCAUAGCUUCCUUCAGAUAGCCGGUACCAAGUGUGUUACCAGAUUGGCUGACCAUAUAAAGGAAGAACUUUCUGAUUGUAAACUUAAGCUAAAAACAGCCCAAGAAGAGAAGCUACAUGACCAAUCAUCUGUUAUUAUUAAUAGAGUUGUGUUUCUAGGUCGUCUUUGUUCGGCUUUGACUGAACUAUCACCACACCUACAGCAGGCUGUCCUAAUCACAGAGAGGAAGGACAGUAAGGUCGAUGCAAUGAGGCUGAGGUCAAAGGUCACAGGGAAACGAGAAAGCAAGAACACUGCCUCUGAGGAUGAAUGGAGUAAACUCAAAUCAAAAUUCCAAGAACAAUGCCAGGAAUCGUACAGAAUUUGGAGUGAAUUCACAAGUUCAGAGCUAUUAGAGGAAUUCAAUGUCAAUCUAAGGGACACAUCACCUUCAGCUAUGCUCAAGAAUGCCACUGCAUGGGAUUCCAUUGACAUUGAGGAAGAGACGGAAGAAGGAAAGAAAGUUUCAUCUAAAAUCCGUCUUCCAGUUCAAUCUUCUUGGUAUGUGCAAUCAUUACUGUAUGGAUUGUGUGAAGAAAUCAACAGAAUAGGAGGUCAUGCACUAUCCAGGAGUAUCAUAUCCCAGCUUGUGAAUACAACCAGCACUGGACUUCUCAAUGCAUACCAGACUAUGCUUGAUGAAAGGGCAAAGGUCAAAGGUGAUGGUCAUUCCAAACUGACCCAACCCCAGGCCCUUCAGCUCCUGUUUGAUGUGAGGUUUAUCGGUAGCGUCAUGUCUGGUAGAGGCGAGGAUAAGAAGGAGAAUUCUCAAUUUACUGGCCAGCUUCAGAGACUGAUAGACCUAUUAGAAGGGUUCAUUGACCCCUUUGACCUGGAUGUAUUCACCCCUCAUAUGACCUCAAACCUCAACAGACAUGUCCACAGAAGUUCACUUCUUUUGGGAUUCUUGACCAGUCCUGACCGUCAUAUGUUCUCUGGUCAUCGGUCGUCCAGUGCCGGCUAUCAGGAACAGCAUAACGUCCUACCGCUGACCACCAAACAGGUCCGAUUCAGCCUCCUGCCUCUCAGCACCACUACUACACCGUGUAGCAAGAUCACGCUACAUUCUGCUGUAAACAGACAAAAACAACCACAGAAACCCUCAAUGGAGAGGUCAUCUCCAAUGGAAGCAAUUCUUCACAAGUCACGUUCCUCUCCUGCAUCUCUCUCAUCUCGUCUCAGCUCAAGUCUGAAAUCUGGUUGGCUCUCUAACCUAGGAGGACAGUCUUGAAUUGAAGAUGACUCCUGUAGGAGAGGUCAUCUCCAAUGGAAGCAAUCCUUAACAAGUCACGUUCCUCUCCUGCAUCUCUCUCUUCUCAGCUCAAGUCUGAAAUCUGGUUGGCUCUCUAACCUAGGAGGACAGUCUUGAAUUGAAGAUGACUCCUGUAGGAGAGGUCAUCUCCAAUGGAAGCAAUUCUUCACAAGUCACGUUCCUCUCCUGCAUCUUUCUCUUCUCAGCUCAAGUCUGAAAUCUGGUUGGCUCUCUAACCUAGGAGGACAGUCUUGAAUUGAAGAUGACUCCUGUAGGAGAGGUCAUCCCCAAUUGAAGCAAUCCUGAACAAGUUGUCAGCAUUGACUAAAUUGUCAGCGCUGAUAAUUUCAGUAAAAUCCUUGGUUUUGAUUGGCUAAUUUACACUAGUCUCUGACAGAUAUCGUAGUAACAGUCAGACGAUGGCUCGUUGCUAGUAGUGCUGAUAACUAUCGUGAAAUAUUUGAUAUUUGACUUUAUUUUACAUAUUUCACAUAAUUAUGAACAUAAUACAAAAACAAUAUAACAGAAGAAUCUACAUGGUGUACGAAUUAGACAUUGCCUCAUUCAUCUGAAUUUAAUAAUACAGCGAUUUGAAAUCAAAGACAUUAAAAUAUGGUGAAAUAUGAGGGAAUCUGCAUGAAAAAGGCAACGCUUGUUCAGUCUGCAGGAUCCCCCCAAAAUAUGAAGUCUUGAAUGUAGGAAAGGCCAAUAAAAUGAUUUGAUUACAUAAAGAAAUGCCAAAAUAUUACAACUGUCAGUAUUUAAAGAGUGAACAUUAAAAUGAAAAUUGCAUUUGCCACUAUUACUCAGCCAGAGCAUACUAACAAUAUUUGUAAAGUUACUAUACAUGUAUAAUCUACACAGGAAAAUUGUAAUAAUUAAUCAACAUCAGUAUCAUUUUAAGUUUGAAAAUAUUGAGAGAGGUACUAUGUUCUACAUCAUGGGGAAGACCGUUCCAAAACCUGGAUCCUUCAAAAGCUAUUCUCUGAGCGAGGAGAGUACGUGGAAGGGAAUAAGAGUCACUUUGCCGGGUGGGAUUUGUGUGGACUAGAUUAUUCCUUUGAAACAUAGGCACAAAAAUAUCAGGCAAUUCAUCUUUUGAAACGUGAAUAUUCCAACAUGAAGUGCAUAUAAAUCAGAAAUUUUGAAUAUUUCAUUUUUGAAAAAUAAGGGAUUUGUGUGGGAAUAUUACCCAACUUGGUGUCCAAGACUCUUAUUUCUUGUAGCUUAUUUUUAAUUGCAAGUUACAAGCUACUGAAAGGGUACAAUUUUAAUAUGCUGAGGAAACAUUUGUCAUGGAACUCUUGCAUUCAUUCAAGUGAUAUGUAAACACAAGCCAGUUUUGCUGAAAAUAAGUUUUGAUUAUAUUGUAGCAACCAAGUUCUAGCAACCUGUAUUUCAUUGUUCUGUUUACCAUUCCACCAUACUUUGAAAACAUUUCAUAUUUGAUGAACCAGUGGCGGUUUUUGACUGCUCAUUCCAGUUAAGAGACUGGAAUUAUUUAUAGUCAAAUGUUUUGUUUUUUUUCAAAAUCCAAACAAUAUUUCGAUCAGGAUAUAGAUUUGAGUUUUAUUCUCUCUGUCUUUGUAUAUGUACAUUUCCUUUGGUAUUUAUAUUUGCUUAUCUUGAUAUUCUAAGAAAGUUUUUGCACUGUGCAUUUUCAGAUCAUAAUUUUUAUUUUCCAUUGUUCUUUGCAAUUUAGGAUUUACAUUAGUAAGAAGACUUCUGAACAUAUGCUUGAAAUUUAUAUAAAAAAUAAUUGAUUACAAAAUACAUACAUUUAUUUUUUUAAAGUGCCUGUGUGUAGGAAAGUUUAGUCUCUAAUUCAAGAUUUUCAUUUGUAUUGAGGUGAUUUGCAAUGAAAAAAUAUAUACAGACAGAAAUUUUAUGAUGAUUGUAUUAUGUAUGUAUACUACAUUUGUGGUUAUUGCUCGUGUUUUAUGACUGUUCCAAAACGGUCUUUUAUUCUAGCAAUGAAUUCUGAUUACAAAUACGUCAUGGCAACAAUAUUGGGUAGCCUUGAUGAUGUCGAGAUGAGGUACUUGCAUGAGUAAUUUGCUGUAAAUUUCUAUGGUAGAUUUUUAUUGUUAUCAUGUUUGUUUUAUCUCAAAAAAUUUCCUCCUAGAUUAAUUCUUUUUUAUUUAUCUGUAGACAUUUCCAUACAGGAAAAUUAGUAUUGACUUCUUUUGAAUUUCUUCUAAAAACAUAAUAUUUUUUAGUUAGUUUCGCGAUUUACUGCAAGCAUGUGGUAUAUUUGUGCUUCAAAGGAAUGCAUACAAUAAUCAAUGUAUGUGAAAUUUUCUUUGAAAAUGAAAUAAAGCAUAUAUUUUGAAAUAAUAUCAAACAAAUUUAGAGCAGAAA